CUACUUUCUAACGGACACUGGAUCUUGCACUGCCCUCAGUGUAUGUGAGGCUGUGGGAAGAAGAACAGGGUCUGAGUCAGGGGUGCAAGGCAGCCACACGGAUGAGCAAGAAGCAUCUAACCUGUCCAAGGACUGACUGCAGAGCAAUCUGUGAAUCCCUUGUCAUUCACAUGCAAAAUGAUCCUCUGAGAUUGGUACCCAGGCAAGGCACGAUGCCCUUGUUCCGGACAAGACUGCCUAGCCCCUACAGCUCUGAUCGGCUGGUACGGCUAGCAGCCAGGCUCCGGCCAGCAUUAUGUGAUACCCUGAUCACUGUGGGGAGCCAGGAAUUCGCUGCCCACAGCCUGGUGCUGGCAGGUGCGAGCCAGCAGCUGGGCCGUAGGGGCCGCUGGGCUCUGGUGAAAGGCAUCAGCCCUUCUACCUUUGCCCAGCUUCUGUACUUUGUUUAUGGGGAGACUGUAGAGCUGCAGCCGGGGGAACUGGGGCCCCUUGAGGAAGCGGCCAGGGCCUUGGGGGUGCAGUCCCUGGAAGACGCAUGCAGGAGGGUUCGAUGGGAUGGGGUUAGAGAGCUGGGUCCAGGGCUGAGGGGACAUCAGGAGGAGCCAGAGAAACCCACAAGGGAUUCUGAAAGAGGACUGGGGGGACAUGGAGAGCAGAGACCAGAAAAAUGUGUUAGUGCUCAUAGAAUAGAAUGGGAGACACUGCAUGAGCAAAGGCCACCAAGAGAGAGCCCCGAGAGAGCAGAACCACUGCAGGAGGGUGAAGGGGAGGAGAUGAGCUCAAAGGAGAAACUCAAGCAAUCCCCUCUUGGCCAUGGGGGAAUAGAUGGAAAGCAAGAAGUGAUUAUGUGGGUGACAGAGAGCCCAGGGAGUUCUGAUGAAAGACUUCGGGAGUUCCCUGACCCCCUUCCCCCACCAGGCUCCCUCCAAAACAGCGUCAUUCCUAGGCCCUGGUGGGCUGAGACCCCUUGGUUGGGGGAGGGCCAGCCUGCCCUGUGGAGCAUCCUGCUGUUGCCACCCAGAUAUGGCACUCCCUUCUCUCAUAGCACCCCCAUCACUGGAGCCUGGCAGGAGGUCUGGCCUCAGGACCAGAGGAUCCCACUGUCCCUGAACCCUGAGAAAGGUCUCUGGAACCACAGCCAGUUGGCCUCCUCCAGUCCUGCCCCAGGUUCCCUCCCCCAGGGCUCCGAAAAGCUCAGCCCUGGGGACAUGGAAGACUGUAAUCAGAAGCACACAGGUGCACUUGCAACCUGUGUGAGUCAGGUGAGCACAGCAGGCCCGCCUCGCCAACAACCUCCCCCACCCCCUCCUGCUCGGUCUCGGCCCUAUUCUUGUUCUGUCUGUGGAAAGAGGUUCACACUCAAGCAUCAGAUGGAGACACACUACCGAGUCCACACAGGAGAGAAGCCCUUUUCCUGCAGCCUAUGUCCCCAGCGCUCCCGGGACUUCUCAGCCAUGACCAAACACCUGCGGACGCAUGGGGUCGCACCCUACCGCUGCCCUCUGUGCCGGGCGGGCUGCCCCAGCCUAGCCUCCAUGCAGGCGCACAUGCGCAGCCACUCACCCAGCCAGCUCCCACCUGGAUGGACCAUUCGCUCCACAUUCCUCUACUCCUCCUCUUCAAGGCCAUCCCGGGCCUCGACUUCUCCCUGUAGAUCCCCUUCCUCCACCACCUGACGGUGUCGGUACCUUCUCUGGCUUCAUCCAACAAUAAAAUUAAAUAAUGAAA